CGAGGAUGGGAGGAGGAUGGACGUGGCCCGGCUCCUCCGGGAGAUCAGGGCGGCGAGGGAGACGCUCCUCACCGGCGAUCAGAUAAAGAGCAUCAUCUCGGCGAGGCCGCGGGCAGUGCCCGCACCGAGCGCAGCCCUGCCCGAGUAAGGCGACGGUCCCUGUCCGUCCGGCUCCUCCCUCAGCCUCCGAGAGCUAGAAGAAGCUACAAUUAAAAGAAUGGACAAAGAUGCAGAAGCAUUGAAGGCGGCCAGAGCAGAACUCUGUGAAGCGAGACGGCAGUGGCACCACAUGCAGAUCGAAAUCGAAUCUCUCCAUGCUGUGGAAAAGGGUUUGGAACGUUCACUGCGUGCCACAGAGCGGCAGUACCACAUGCAGCUGCAAAAUUUAGAAGCCGAGAUUGAAUGCUUAGAGAAAGAGCUACUGGAAGUGAGAAGAGGUAUUGGGAAGCAGCUUCGAGAGCAUGAAAUUCUCCUGAACACCAGGAUGAAACUAGAGGAGGAGAUAGCCACAUACCGCAGCCUGCUUGAGCAAGAAGAGAACAGGUUUCGUUGCUCUACACCUGACCAGAAGGCUGACAAAAAGCCUACCACUAGCAAGAUCGCCUUUACGCUGCCUUCAAAUGGUGUAAAGAAGGAUGAAACUGAGAAGGUGGAACUGAUGACAAAACAAGCCGUCCUCGAUGGAAAUGUUACGAAGGAAAGCGCCGAAGCUCAUGGCACUGUACAGACAGAAAAAGUGGAUGAAGUCAUUAAAGAAUGGGAAGGUUCUUUCUUUAAGGACAACCCUCGCUUAAGGAAAAAAUCGGUUUCAUUGCGCUUUGAUCUGCACCUCGCAGCAAUGGAUGAAGGAUGUUUGCACGCUAAAAAGAAAACUCUUCCUGACAUUGAAGUCAGGCUGGUAAUGAGGAGAUCUUGCAGUAUUCCUUCUAUCAAACCUUAACCUACGGCAAAUUAACCCAAAGUUCAUCUCCAACAGGCUCUGGAAAUAGACUGUAGGUGGACUUAACAUGGCCUGCUGUCUUGCUACAACUACAAAAUCUUACUGAGUACUUUAAUUAAUACAAUAAAAACAUACAGGUCUUUUAAAAGAAAGGGAAAAGAGCAAGGGCGUUAAGAUUCCAAGAAACCUAACUUCUACUAGUUUUAUACUCUGGGUGCAGCCCUUUAGUUUUCUCAUUAUUGUUGUUGUUUUCUAGACUUUCACCAAAUACGACAAAAAUUAAACUGUAACUUUAUACUUUGACAUAUUCUGCCUUUGUAGAAGAGAAUUUGUUUUCUCCUUCUGGAAAUGAGAAAUGCGUAAUUCAUUCUCUUAAUUAUUCAAUAUUGCAUAUAUUAAAUGACUGAUGAAUCCUUGUAAUAAUUUAUAACACAACUGUCAUACUUCUUGAAAUAUAUUUUAAAAUAUCACUUUCUAAACAGCAAAAAUAACGUACAAAGAUGCUCUUAAACCACAUAAACUUAACAAAGAAUCUUGUUUUAAAAGUGGCUGGUAUUUUUUAAUCAAUUUUUUUAGGCAACAGCUGAGCAAAGAUGUCUUUCCCUUACAUAAUUAUACACACAUUUUUUAAAAGUCUUGUUAUGAACAAAUAAUACUUUUGCCAUAUUGUUCCACUGAUUUUGAAGCAGGAAUUUCCACUGAAAAUCAAUCAUUCUCUUACGUGUCCACGUGUAUCCGUACUACAACUUUCUUAGCCAUAGCAAGAAAAAUCAUACACUUCAAUUGUUCAAAUGUAAGGUGUCAACCGACCAUUUCAGUGCUUGUAUUUAAUGGAUUUUGUUUAUUAUAACUAUGUGAAUUAAAAUAUCUUCAACAAAUUCCUCUUCUGACAAAUAUUAUAAGUUAUGCUCUUGAUCUAGUGCGCAUAAACAGUCACUGUUAUACCAGGGUACAACUAUGAUUCCUUCAAAUUAAAUGGACAGAAUAAGGGCUACAUAUUCCAAGUAAAAUUCUACCAUACGCAUGAAGCAUCCCCCACUACUACUCAAAGUAGCUACGGGCAAAUGCAAAGUACAAUAAAUGAUCUUGCAUCAGUACACAGAAAAAAAACAGAAAUACCAAAUUUAGGCGAACUUCUUUAUGAGACAAAUUUCAAACAGAAAAUUCAAACAAAAUCAUAUUAAUAUCAGAACGAUUGUUUAUGAGAGUUUUUAAGAGGUGUGGAUGUCACGAACUCUCGCCAAAAUCAUUGGGAUUGCAGGAGCUCAGAAUCUAGAAAAGCCAUGGACCGUAUUUCCUGGAUUCACAGCAGCAUGUAAAGAUUAAGUGUCAGUAUUUGCCUUAUUACUUACGGCAUGUGUUACAAAGACUGGUACUACAAAUUCUCUCCGUGUUUAAGUUACGCUUCUAUCUUUUGUUAAUGCUGAGAACAAUGCAUUUAGAGUGCCCACCGUUCUGUAUCUACGGUAUGAAGCUGGCUAAUUAUCAUUAACCUUAAUACUGACCUGGUGUUGUUAAUACUUGAGUAUUUGGCAUCCUGAAUGUAUUAGCCUGCUCUAGUAUUUUCACUAUGCAGCUUUUUUUGUGCUUAUACUCUGUACAUUUUACAAUACUUGAAUUAAACUAAGUUUUAAUUGCUUUAAGGCACUUCAAACAGGGAUACUAAUUUACCAAAGUAAAAUG